AAAGACAACAUCCUCGAACAGCCAACAUUUAACAGCCUUAACCUUUAUUAUGUGUUUUUGAAGAAUCAGAAUCAGAUUACUUUAUUCACCCCCAGGAGGAAAUUGAGAAGGAAGCCUUACUUCCUCACAGUGCCCCUUCAGUGGGGUGAUGCCAGUCUUGCUUAAUGCCGAUACUUCCUUCAGCUCCAAGCAGGAGCUCCUGGAUCUCCAAGAAUGCCCUCUCGGCCUGGGCGCCACUCUGGACAGCCCCAGCCCUGUGGACUCUAAGCCAGGCAGCCCUGUAGAUUCGGGUCCCAGGGGACCUGGAAGUCCCAUGGCUGAUGUCCCAAUUCGACCGCACAUUAUUUUAACCCGGGCUUCCUCGCUCCCAGGUCAACUGUAUGCGGUUCAAACAUCUCCCAGUACGGAAACCCCCGUGGGGUUGAAGUUCGUCUCCGCAGACACAGGUCAGCUAUGCGGCUGGGGGGCGCUGACACCAAAAGCAAUCCAGGUUUUCAAUACCCCACGUUGGGUGUUGUUCUUUCUUUGUGUGGCCUCGUUUCUGCAGGGGAUGAUCAUCAAUGGCUUCAUAAACACGGUGGUCACCUCCAUUGAGAGGCGCUUUGACCUGCGCAGCUACCAGGCCGGCCUCAUCGCUAGCUCCUACGACAUCGCUGCCUGUGUGUGUCUCGCGUUCGUCAGCUACUUUGGUGGGACAGGGCACAAGCCUCGCUGGCUUGGCUGGGGGGUUCUAAUAAUGGCACUGGGCUCGUUGGUGUUCUCCCUGCCUCACUUCACCACACCCCCCUACCAGGUCAGUUUGCCCGAGCACACAGGAAUGUGCUCUGCCAAUCGUACCAGCCCAUGCCAUGAUAAGGAGGGUGGAGGAUUGUCCAGCUAUCGUUUCGUUUUCAUGCUGGGCCAGUUUCUACACGGCGUGGGAGCCACGCCUCUCUACACACUAGGAGUCACGUACCUGGACGAGAACGUCAAGUCCAACUACGCGCCGGUUUAUAUUGGGAUCUUUUACACAGCAGCCAUUGUGGGUCCAGCAGGAGGUUACCUGCUGGGGGGAUACUUUCUCAAUAUUUACACAGAGAUCCACCUGACAACAGAGCUAACUCCAGAGAACCCUCUUUGGGUCGGAGCCUGGUGGAUUGGGUUCCUAGCAGGAGGAGCAGCAGCACUGCUCAUCGCUUUGCCCAUCCUGGGCUACCCACGGCAGCUACCAGGCUCUCAAAAGUACGUUGCCAUGCGUGUGUCUGAGGCCCACCAACUCAAAGAUGGCAGCCACACCACUGCAUCAGACCCACAGUUUGGCAAAUCAGUCAAAGACAUGCCCAGAUCUGUGCUGCUCCUUUUAAAGAACCCCACCUUUCUGUUUCUCUGCCUGGCCGGAGCUACGGAGGCCACCCUCAUUGCAGGAAUGUCCACAUUUGGACCCAAGUUCCUGGAGUCUCAGUUCAGCAUCAGUGCAUCGGAGGCUGCCACAUGGUUUGGAUACAUGGUGGUGCCAGCAGGUGGCGGUGGGACCUUCCUAGGUGGCUACAUUGUUAAGCGACUGAAUCUGCGCUGUCGAGGGAUCAUCCGCUUCUGCAUGCUAUGUGCCGUGAUCAGCCUGCUAGCCAUCUUCAUCUUCCUCAUCCACUGCCCCAAUGUGCCCAUGGCUGGAGUCACAGCACCGUACAGGCCCAGUCCGAUACACUACCAACAACUGGACCGCCACGCUGGCCCCAGAAACCAGUACCUGUACAACCAGCCCAGCAACCUGCAGCUCAACAACAGCUCUUCCCUUGAGGGGAACCUGACGGUGAGCUGUAACACAGACUGCAGCUGUGUGAGAGAGUUGUACAACCCCGUGUGCGGGUCGGAUGGUUUGAUGUACUACUCCCCCUGCCACGCCGGCUGCAGCUCCAUCAACCACACCGAUCCCUCCACAGGCAGACAGGUAUAUUCUGGAUGCACCUGUAUAGUGGGCAACGUCUCCUGGGGUAUGGAGGGCUCAGCGCUGGCAGGGAAAUGUGGCAGCACCUGUCACCACAUGCCGGCCUUCCUCUCGUUCCUCUUCAUCAUCAUCUCUUUCACCUUCCUGUGUAGCAUCCCCGCACUCACCGCCACACUCAGGUGUGUGCCAGACAGCCAGAGGUCGUUUGGACUUGGCAUCCAGUGGAUUGUGGUGCGUACACUUGGUGGCAUCCCGGGACCCAUAGCGUUUGGCUCAGUGAUUGACAUCUCCUGCUUACUGUGGCAGGAUCAGUGUGGGGAGCAGGGCUCCUGCUACCUCUAUCAGAACUCCGCCAUGAGUCAGUACACACUGAUAGCAGGCAUCAUCUACAAGGUGCUGGGGACGGUCUUCUUCCUGUUAGCCAGCGUGCUGUACCAGCCCCCUCCCCAGUCCCCCCAGAGCAGCUGUGAAAGCACAGACCACGGAGUGGGGGACGCGGUAGGGGACACGGCAGGGGACACAGGGGACCUGCCUAUCAAAGACCUGCCUCAGGACGGCGUCAUCGCCAACCUCCACGCCAGGUUAUGACCACGGAGACUGCUGAGGUUGUGUGUGUCUGUGUGGAGGUCUGUACUGUGUAAUGAUUACAGCUUGAUACCCCACGUGUGUGUGCGUGCGCGCGUGCAUGUGAUUAUGUAGAAGGGUGAAGGUGCUUUCUUUAUACAAACAGCUGUCUCAGCCUAUUGAUGCCCCCAAACACAUGCAUACAAACACACUUUCUCUGUUUCUGUAUGUUUCGUUAGACACACAGUCACACAAAACACACUAUACAAUAUGAUUAUGUGCUCUGUUAACAUACUGCUGACCUGUGUGUGUGUGUGUGUGUGUGUGCGUGCAUGUAUUGCUUACAGAGAUAAUUUGAGAUGAGUUUGUGUGUAGCUGGAAUGUGCUCCUACAGAUAUAUGAGACAAGAGACAUGAGA